AUGGCAAUCUCUAAAGAGGGCAGUCUUCUCCAGGCGCCAUCUGACCAAAAGUACUCAGCCCUCGAACGAGCCACCACCUCCUACAUACCCCACGAAACAUAUACCCUAGAGAAGGAAAAGCACUACCAGCAACAGUAUAGUGACCUAUACUUCUUGCGCUUGACUAAACUCAAGCCCCCUGUGGAAAGGAUAGCUGAAGAUGCCUGGGAUGGAUUUCAGAUAGCGGGGGAGACUGUUCAGAGGGUGGAGAGGGUGCUGGAUGUCAGACAAGGCAACCUAUGCUGGGUCGUAGGUACGAUUUAUAUCGAUAUGCCACUGAAGCCUAAUAUUUUAGAUGAUAUUUCCAAAGAUCACUGGAUUUCAGCACCUCUACCGCGUCAAAAAUACCUAUCGCCGGAAGGGGAAGAUCUUAUAAUGUUAGAAGAUGAGUCUGGACGAUUAAGAUUAAUUGGAGCUCCUCUAUCCAGCGAAAUGCUUGUUACGGGUUGCAUAAUUGCUGUCAUGGGAACAGAAAACGCAAAUGGAGAUUUCGAAGUCGUUGAUAUAAAAGUCCCCGAUUUGCCCCCUCAACCAGAUCGAUGGCUUACAUCCGAGAUGCCUGCUGAAAAAAAAGUCAAAGACGAAGAUGACGAUAUGGAUAUUGAUAAACCAACGCCGGUUAGCAAUGGGAAGAAAAUCGCCAUUGUCUCGGGUCUAGGCUUCUCAGGCACAAACGCCGAACAUUCCCUUGAGCUAAAUCUACUCACAGAAUUUCUCCUUGGCGACGCUCUAGAUCCAACGAGUCAGGAGAGUAUCUCGCAAAUCGCCAGGCUGAUUAUUGCUGGUAACUCCAUCGCUCUCGAUCCUGAGGCAGUCUCUCAUGACACCACUUCUAAUGCAAGAAAGACUGUGCAUAAAAAGUAUGGCUACGACAGCAGCGCAUACAAUCCUACUCCCACGGCUCACCUUGAUAAUUUCCUUACGGGUUUAUUACCAAGCAUACCAGUCACAUUAAUUCCAGGGGCCACCGAUCCUGCUAAUGUCAGUCUUCCCCAGCAACCUAUACAUCAAGCUAUGUUCCCACAGUCUCGGGUAUAUGGAGCAUCGCCACUCCAGGAAGGCGAAUCGAAGCAACCUGCGUGGUUUGAUACUGUUACCAACCCUUGGGAUGGUGAAAUCGAAGGCUGGAAAGUGUUAGGCACCGGUGGACAAAAUGUGGAUGACGUUUUCAAAUACGUAGAAAGUGAGGACAGGCUAGGAAUGAUGGAAGCCAUGUGCAGAUGGCGAUGCUGUGCACCAACUGCACCAGAUACAUUAUGGAGUUAUCCAUUCCAAGAUGAUGAUCCUUUCGUCUUGAACUCCUGCCCUCAUCUUUUCUUCGUAGGCUCCCAACCGAAAUUCGACACGGCGAUGAUCCAAGGUCCUGAUGGGCAGGCCGUUCGUUUGAUCGCAGUGCCUCGAUUUGCGGACACCGGCGAGAUUGUCUUGGUAGAUUCAGAAACCUUGGAGACGUCGGUAGUUAGGAUUGCCAUCUCAUGA